UGGGGCAAAUCACAAAGUUGGACUAUCAGUUUGAGACCCUAGUGGAUGGCAAGUGAGGCUUCCUUACUGUCAGAAAAUCUUUCGCUGAACCUCUAAAUCCGUCCCAAAAUGACGGAAAUUGUGGAGGAAUAUGAGGAAUAUGAGGAAUAUGAGGAGGAGGAGGAGACUGUGGACGAGAUAAGAACAACAACGACGUUCACUGAGCACAAGAGUUCUCAGCUCUUGCAGUCCGGCUUGCCCACCAGGAAAGUUAGGAAGAAGGUCAAGGUGGAUACUUCCAAGUUCAUGACUCCAUACCUGGCUCACAGCCAGAAGAUGCUGGAGCAGUACAGCCACAACAAGUACCGGCAAGCUUAUGACCUGUCCAGAGGAAAGCCUCCUGGAAUCGUCACUGAUUCUCCUGAGAUGAUUCGCAUCAGGAAGGCCCAGGAGCAGCUUAGCGAGGUUAAAUACCGCAUGGAGGGAAAUAAGGCUCGUACAACAAGCUUGUAUGAUGGAGAGGCCAGAGAAGUCACCCAUGUCAAGCGUGUGUCUGAUCUGAUCAGCAAGGUUCUGUAUAGACAGAAGUGGGAUGAGACUAAGGACCGGUACCUGCUGCCUCCUGAUGCUCCUGAGCUCGUUCUUGCUGUGAAGAAUGCUGCUAACUACAGCAAAAAACUUUACACGGAGGCCUGGGACGAGGAGAAGACCAUGUACUACCCAUACAGCGACAGCCCCGAGCUUCGCAGGGUGGCCAAGGCUCAGGAGACCCUCAGUGAUAUUGUCUACAAGAAGGGUCAUGAUCAGCGCAAGGCUAAGUACACCUCCCUGGCUGAUCCUCCUGAAGUGGAGCUGGCCAGAAGAGUGGACAAGCAGCGCAGUGAUCUUAAAUACAAGGAAGAUUACAAUAAAAAUGUGAAGGGUCAAUGGUGCGAGACGCCAUAUUUCGACGUGGCCACGGCCAGGGUGGCGAUGGAGAACCUAAGCCAAAGAAGAUACACGCAGAAAUUUGAGAAUGAGAAAGACCAAAUUUAUUACAUGCAAACAGACACGCCCGUUUAUGACACAAACAAGAAGGCUCGUAUUGCUGCUAGUGAGGUCCAAUACAAGAAGGAAUACGAGAAGAAUAAAGCGCAGGCUGACUACAACACGCUCCCCGCCACAGACAAUCCGCUCCUCCGACAGCUCAGAUAUGCCGGCACCAUCCUCAGUGAUAAAGUAUAUAAGGCCAGCUAUGAGAAAUCGAAGGGUUUCAGCAUCAACUACUGUGACACGCCCAAGUUUCAGAUGGACUCUGUACUUAAAAAGUUCACUGAUACACACUACAAAGAUAAGUAUGACAAUGAGGUGAAGGGCCACUACAUCGGCAGCUAUGAAGACGUCUACAUGCUUCAUUGCCAGAAAGUUGAGGAAAUGAAGAGCCAGCAACUUUAUAAAUCUGAAUAUGAAGAUAUUAAGACAAGAUGCUUCUACCCUCAAACACUUACGCCUGAAUAUGAAGCUACGAAGAAACUUCUCCAGUGUAGUGAUAAGAAAUACCGGCAACAUCCAGACACAGUGAAAUUUACACAAGUGGUGGAUUCUCCAGUUCAGGUUCAAGCCGCCAUCAACGCAAAACAGCUAAGUGAUCUGAACUACAAAGCAAAGUACGAAGACACAAAGUUCAAGAAUACUCUGCCCCCAGACUAUCCCUUCUUCAUCCAGUCCAGAGUUAACGCUUUCAAUCUCAGUGAUAACUGUUAUAAGUAUGAUUGGGAGAAAACUAAAGCCAAAAAGUUUGAGGUCAGGGGCGACGCUAUCCCAAUCCUUGCCGCCCGUGCUCACACAAACAUUGCCAGUGAUGUUAAAUAUAAGAAGGAGUAUGAGAAGAACAAGGGGCAGAUGGUUGGAGCCCUCAGCAUCAAUGAUGAUCCCAAGAUCUUGCACUCUGUUCAUGUUGCCAAAAUCCAGAGUGACCGUGAAUAUAAAAAGGACUAUGAAAAGAUCAAGACCAAGUACCAUACACCACUUGAUAUGAUGUCAGUCACCUUGGCCAAAAAGUCCCAGGGAAUCGCCAGCAUGGCUGGGUAUAGGAGCAUCAGCACCAACUUCUUCCUUCCCCCAGACACUGUGCUGUUGGACUUGGCCAAGAAAGCCAACAUCAUCCAGAGUGACAAUGAUUACAAAUCUGAAUACAACGCUUGUACCAAGGGUACCCCAUGGGUCCCCUUGGGCUCCUUGGACGUGGAAAGGAAUAAGAAAGCUGCUGAGAUCCUCAGUGAGAGGAAAUACAGACAACACCCAGACACAAUCCCCUUCACUUCUAUCGAUGACCACCCGAUCAUGAUGCAGGCCAAAGUCAACCAGCUUCAGAGGAGUGAUCUGUUCUACAAGAGAGGUCUGGAGGAGGUUCACCAGAAGUACUCUCUGCCUCCUGAUGUCCCUGAGUUACUGCAGGCCAAGUGCAAUGCCUACAACAUGAGCGACAAAAACUACAAGCUUGCCUGGCAGAAAUUGAUUGCUAAAGGUCAUGGUGUGAAGCAUGAUGCUAUCUCUGUUAUUGCUGCCAAAGCUGCCAGACACGCUGCCAGUGAUGUCCAGUAUAAAAAGGCUUACCUGAAGGACAGAGGCCACCAUGUUGGCUUCCGCAGCAUCAAGGACGAUCCUCUGCUGGUUCACUACAUGCAGGUGGCUAAGCUGCAGAGCGACAAGAACUACAAGAAGGACUACCACCAGGUCAAGCUGAAGUAUCACUCUCCAGUGGACAUGAUAAGUUUGGCCCAUGCCAAACAUGCCUCAGCUGUGCAGACCUAUGCUGGCUACAAGCAGCACCAACAUAAGUACUUCCUUCUGCCUGAUGCAAUGAACCUGGCGCUUGCUCGCAACAUGAACUACAAUGCCAGUGAUUUUAACUAUAAACAGGAUUAUGAGACCUCAGUUAAGGGAACUGGCUGGGUUCCCAUUGGUUCCCUGGAGGUGGAAAAAGCCAAGAAAGCAGCAGAAGCUCUCAAUGAGACAAACUACCGCCAGCACCCUGCCAGCUUCAAAUUCACUAGUACCUUUGACUCAAUGAGCAUGGAGCUGGCCAAGACCAAUGCUAAGAUCAUGAAUGCGAAAGAGUAUAAGGCCAGUGGAGAGAAGUUCAUGCACACUUACCACCUCCCUGCUGAUACCCCUGAACUGAUGCAAGCCAGAUACAACUCCGUCAACAUCAGCCAGAAUUACUACACCUAUGCUCAUCGUCAAGAUCUGCUCAAAGGACAUCAUGUGAAGGAGGAUGCCAUUCCUAUUCUUGCAGCAAAAAGCUCCAGAGAUAUUGCCAGUAAUUACAAGUACAAGCUGGCUUACGAGAAGGCCAAAGGCCACCAUGUUGGCUUCCGCAGCAUCGAGGACGAUCCUCUGCUGGUUCACUACAUGCAGCUGGCUAAGCUGCAGAGUGACAAGAACUACAAGAAGGACUACCACCAGGUCAAGCUGAAGUAUCACUCUCCAGUGGACAUGGUUAGCGUGGUCCAAGCCAAGCAGGCCUCUAAGGUUCAGACUAUGACUGGAUACAGGAAGAUCCCUCACAGCUACAUGCUCCUGCCUGACAACUUGCACCUGCGUCUGUAUCGCGGCAUGAUGGAUAUUCAGAGUGACAAUAUCUACAAGUCAGAUUACAACAACUACAGUAAAGGCACAGGCUGGGUCCCCAUUGGUUCUAUAGAUGUUGAGAAGGCCAGAGUUGCGAAGGCCGCGCUGGAUGAAAGAGGUUACCGCGUGCACCCCAGUACUCUUAAAUUCACAAGCAAGACUGAUGCCAUGAACACAGCUCUGGCUCUCGCCAACACAAAGACAAUGGACAAUGCUGCAUACAGAGCUUCUGGCCAGAAGUUCGUGCACACUUAUCAUCUGCCAGCUGACAGCCCUGAGUUCCUCCAGGCUAAGUACAACGCCCAAACCCUAAGCGAGAGUCACUACAAGCACAAGUGGCUGGAAGAUAUUGCCAAGGGAUACGACAUGAAGCCUGAUGCUAUUUCUAUCCUGCAUGCCAAGCAUGGCAGACACAUUGCCAGCAAUGUCCAAUACAAGAAAGAGUAUGAAAAGGCCAGAGGCCACCAUGUUGGCUUCCGCAGCAUCAAGGACGAUCCUCUGCUGGUUCACUACAUGGAGGUGGCUAAGAUGCAGAGCGAAAAGAACUACAAAAAGGACUACCACAAGGCCAAGCUGAAGUAUCACACCCCAGUGGACAUGAUGAGUGUUGUCCAGGCCAAGCAGGCCUCUAAGGUUCAGACCAUGACUGGAUACAGGCAGAUCCCCCACAGCAACAUUCUUCUGCCUGACAACCUGCACCUGCGUCUGUGUCGCACCAUGAACAUCCAGUCAAGUGAUUGCGAUUACAAGUCUGAAUGGAAUAACUAUAUCAGAGGUGUCGGAUGGGUCCCUAUUGGCUCAAUUGGAGUUGAGACUGCUAAAGUUGGCGGUCAGAUUCUGAGUGAGCAUAAGUACCGCACUCAUCCCUCCAACUACAAGUUCAGCAAGCUGAUGGACUCCAUGGACUUGACUCUGGCUACUGCCAACAACAAGAUCAUGAACAAGCAAGCAUACACUUCAGCUUGGGACAAGGACAAACUGACAGUCCACAUCAUGCCAGAUGCUCCUGAAAUCGUCCUGGCCAAGGCUAAUGCCAUUAACAUGAGCAAUAAGCUUUACAAAGCCGGUCUUGUGGAGAUGGCCAAAAAGGGCCACAACGUCAAAGGAGACGCUAUCUCAAUUUUGGCUGCCAAAGCCGGGACCACAAUUGCCAGCAAUUACAAGUACAAGCUGGCUUACGAGAAGGCCAGAGGCCACCAUGUUGGCUUCCGCAGCAUCAAGGACGAUCCUCUGCUGGUUCACUACAUGGAGGUGGCUAAGAUGCAGAGCGAAAAGAACUACAAAAAGGACUACCACAAGGCCAAGCUGAAGUAUCACACCCCAGUGGACAUGAUGAGUGUUGUCCAAGCCAAGCAGGCCUCUAAGGUUCAGACCAUGACUGGAUACAGGCAGAUCCCCCACAGCCACAUGCUUCUGCCUGACAACCUGCACCUGCGUCUGUGUCGCACCAUGAACAUCCAGUCAAGUGAUUGCGAUUACAAGUCUGAAUGGAAUAACUAUAUCAGAGGUAUUGGAUGGGUCCCUAUUGGCUCAAUUGGAGUUGAGACUGCUAAAGUUGGCGGUCAGAUUCUGAGUGAGCAUAAGUACCGCACUCAUCCCUCCAACUACAAGUUCAGCAAGCUGAUGGACUCCAUGGACUUGACUCUGGCUACUGCCAACAACAAGAUCAUGAACAAGCAAGCAUACACUUCAGCUUGGGACAAGGACAAACUGACAGUCCACAUCAUGCCAGAUGCUCCUGAAAUCGUCCUGGCCAAGGCUAAUGCCAUUAACAUGAGCAAUAAACUUUACAAAGCGGGUCUUGUGGAAAUGGCCAAAAAGGGCCACAACGUCAAAGGAGACGCUAUCUCAAUCUUGGCUGCCAAAGCCGGUACCACAAUUGCCAGCAAUUACAAGUACAAGCUGGCUUACGAGAAGGCCAGAGGCCACCAUGUUGGCUUCCGCAGCAUCAAGGACGAUCCUCUGCUGGUUCACUACAUGGAGGUGGCUAAGCUGCAGAGUGACAAGAACUACAAGAAGGACUACCACAAGUCCAAGCUGAAGUAUCACACCCCAGUGGACAUGGUUAGCGUGGUCCAAGCCAAGCAGGCCUCUAAGGUUCAGACUAUGGCUGGAUACAGGCAGAUCACCUCCCACUACACCGUGUUGCCUGAUGCCAUGAACCUGCAACUAGCUCGUAACAUGCAGUUCAUCGCCAGUGAUAACCAGUACAAGAGUGACUACGAUAGCUUCAUGAAGGGAAUAGGAUGGGUCCCUAUUGGAUCACUGGAUGUUGAGAGAGCAAAAACAGCCGGCCAUGCCCUCAGUGAGAAACUAUACCGUCAGCAUCCCAGCAACCUCAAAUUCAAAAAGGAAAUGCAGUCCAUGGAUCUGGUGCUGGCCACUGCCAACAACCAGAUAAUGAAUAAGCAAUCCUACAUCAAUGCUUGGGAGAAAGACAAGACUUCGAUUCACAUCAUGCCCGAUGCAAUGGACAUUGUUCUCGCCAGAGGAAACAAGAAGAACUUCAGUGAGAAACUGUACAAAUUGGACAAUGAGCUGUCAAAAAAGAAGGGCCAUCAUGUUCGUGGUGAUGCCAUUGCAGUUCAAGCUGCCAAAACCUCCACUGCUAUUGCUAGUGAUUACAAGUACAAGACCGGAUACCGCAAGCAGGUCGGCCACCACAUCGGUGCUCGCUGCAUCCAGGAUGAUCCUCUGCUCAUGCUGGCUCUGAACUCAGCCAGGAUUGCCAGUGAUGCCCUGUACAAGAAGGACUUCAACAAGGUAAAGACCAAGUUCCACCUUCCAGUGGACAUGCUGCAGUUUGAACUGGCCAAGAAGAACCAGAUCCAGGUCAACCACGCCAACUACAUCACUCGCCUGCACAACUGGACCUGCCUGCCAGACUCUAAUGAUGUCCGCCAGGCCAGACAUGCUUAUGACAUACAGAGUGAUGCUGUUUACAAGGAGGAUCUGAGGAUGAUGCAGGGUGUUGGAUGGGUGCCUAUAGGUUCAGUGGAUGUUGAGAAGGCGAAGAUGGCUGCUGCAGCCCUCAAUGAGACAAAUUAUCGUCAACACCCAAGCAGCUUCAAAUUCAAACUCACCGCUGAAGACAUGCCCAUGGCACUGGCUAAGGCCAACGCUCAGGUUAUGAACAAGAAAGCCUACCAUGAAGCCUGGGAUAAAGCAAAGUCAAAGAUCCACAUCAUGCCGGACGCUAUGGAUGUUCUUCUCGCCAAAGCAAAUAAUGUCAACUACAGCGUGAAAAAGUACAAACAGGAUUAUGAAGCUGCCAAGAAGAAGGGCUACGAUAUGCGCAAUGAUGCCAUUUCCAUCAAAGCAGCAAGGGCUUCAAGGGACAUUGCCAGUGAUUACAAAUACAAGACCGGAUACCGCAAGCAGGUCGGCCACCACAUCGGUGCUCGCUGUGUCCAGGAUGAUCCUCUGCUUGUGCUGGCUCUGAACUCAGCCAGGAUUGCCAGUGAUGCCCUGUACAAGAAGGACUUCAACCAGUCCAAGACCAAGUUCCACCUUCCAGUGGACAUGCUGCAGUUUGAACUGGCCAAGAAGAACCAGAUCCAGGUCAACCACGCCAACUACAUCACCCGCCUGCACCAGUGGACCUGCCUGCCAGACUCUAAUGAUGUCCGCCUGGCCAGACAUGCAUAUGACCUGCAGAGUGAUGCUAUUUACAAAGAGGAUCUGAGGAUGAUGCAGGGUGUUGGAUGGGUGCCUAUAGGUUCAGUGGAUGUUGAGAAGGCGAAGAUGGCUGCAGCAGCCCUGAAUGAGAGAAAUUAUCGUCAACACCCAAGCAGCUUCAAAUUCAAACUCACCGCUGAAGACAUGCCCAUGGCGCUGGCUAAGGCCAACGCUCAGGUUAUGAACAAGAAAGCCUACCAUGAAGCCUGGGAUAAAGCGAAGUCAAAAAUCCACAUCAUGCCGGACGCUAUGGAUGUUCUUCUCGCCAAAGCAAAUAAUGUCAACUACAGCGUGAAAAAGUAUAAACAGGAUUAUGAAGCUGCCAAGAAGAAGGGCUACGAUAUGCGCAAUGAUGCCAUUUCCAUCAAAGCAGCAAGGGCUUCAAGGGACAUUGCCAGUGAUUACAAGUACAAGACUGGAUACCGCAAGCAGGUCGGCCACCACAUCGGUGCUCGCUGUGUCCAGGACGAUCCUCUGCUUGUGCUGGCUCUGAACUCAGCCAGGAUUGCCAGUGAUGCCCUGUACAAGAAGGACUUCAACCAGUCCAAGACCAAGUUCCACCUUCCAGUGGACAUGCUGCAGUUUGAACUGGCCAAGAAGAACCAGAUCCAGGUCAACCACGCCAACUACAUCACCCGCCUGCACAACUGGACCUGCCUGCCAGACUCUAAUGAUGUCCGCCUGGCCAGACAUGCUUAUGACCUGCAGAGUGAUGCUGUUUACAAGGAGGAUCUGAGGAUGAUGCAGGGUGUUGGAUGGGUGCCUAUAGGUUCAGUGGAUGUUGAGAAGGCGAAGAUGGCUGCUGCAGCCCUGAAUGAGAGAAAUUAUCGUCAACACCCAAGCAGCUUCAAAUUCAAACUCACCGCUGAAGAUAUGCCCAUGGCGCUGGCUAAGGCCAACGCUCAGGUUAUGAACAAGAAAGCCUACCAUGAAGCCUGGGAUAAUGUGAAGUCAAAGAUCCACAUCAUGCCGGACGCUAUGGAUGUUCUUCUCGCCAAAGCAAACAAUGUCAACUACAGCGUGAAAAAGUAUAAACAGGCAAAUGAAGAUGCCAAGAAGAAGGGCUAUGAUCUUCGCAAUGAUGCCAUUUCCAUCAAAGCAGCAAAGCUUUCGAGGACCAUUGCCAGUGAUUACAAGUACAAGACAGGAUACCGCAAGCAGGUCGGCCACCACAUCGGUGCUCGCUGCAUCCAGGAUGAUCCUCUAAUCAUGCUGGCUCUGAACUCAGCCAGGAUUGCCAGUGAUGCCCUGUACAAGAAGGACUUCAACCAGUCCAAGACCAAGUUCAACCUCCCAGUCGACAUGCUGGCCUUUGAACUGGCCAAGAAGAACCAGAUCCAGGUCAACCACGCCAACUACAUCACCCGCCUGCACCAGUGGACCUGCCUGCCAGACUCCAAUGAUGUGGUCCAGGCCAGAAAGGCUUAUGAACUGCAGAGUGAUGCUGUCUACAAAGCUGACCUGAAGUGGCUUCAGGGCUUGGGCUGGGUCCCUAUUGGCUCAAUUGACGUGGAGAAAGCCAAGAAGGCUGGAGAAGCCUUGAAUGAAAGGAUGUACCGCCAGCACCCCAGCACCAUGAAAUUCACCAGCACCACAGAUGCCAUGAACAUUGUACUGGCAAAGAAUAAUGCUCUGACUAUGAACAAGCGUCUCUACGUUGAUGCAUGGGAGAAGGAAAAGACCAAGCUGCACAUCAAACCUGACACUCCUGAGAUCAUCCUCUCUCAGCAGAAUGCUAUCAACAUGAGCAGGAAACUCUACAGACAAGGUUUUGUGGAGACCAUCAACAAAGGCUAUUUCCUCCCCGUGGAUGCAGUCUCCGUCAAGGCUGCUAAGUCCUCCAGGGACAUCGUCAGCGAUUACAAGUACAAGACGGGAUACCGCAAGCAGGUCGGCCACCACAUCGGUGCUCGCUGCGUCGAGGAGGACCCUCUAAUCAUGCUGGCUCUGAACGGAGCCAGGAUUGCCAGUGAUGCCCUGUACAAGAAGGACUUCAACAAGUCCAAGACUAAGUUCCACCUGCCAGUUGACAUGCUGAAUAUUGAGCUAGCCAAGAAAUGCCAGAUCCAGGUCAACCAUGCCAACUACAUCACCCGUCUGCACCAGUGGACUUGUCUGCCAGACUCUAAUGAUGUUCGCCAGGCCAGGAAAGCCUACGAUCUUCAGAGCGAUGCUGUCUACAAAGCUGACUUGGAUGAGGUUGUCGGCGUAGGAUGGGUCCCCAUUGGUUCAAUUGACGUGAUGAAGGCCAAGCAUGCAGCGAAAAUCCUCAGCGAGAAACUCUACAGGCUGAAACCAGACACACAGAAAUACACAACUGACAUGCAUUCCAUGUCCAUGGCCUUAGCCAAAACAAAUGCUGAUAUAAUGAACAGGAGAAACUAUGUUGCUGCUUGGGAGGCUGAUAAGACUAAGACCCAUGUAACCCCUGACUUGCCUGAGCUGUUGCUCGCCAAAGCUAAUGCUUACAACAUCAGCAAGAAAAUAUACAGGGAAGGUGUUGAGAAGAUCUUUAGAAAGGGCUACGACCUUAAAGCUGACGCUGUCGCAGUUGUUGCUGCCAAACGUGGAAGAGAAAUCAUCAGUGAUUACAAAUACAAGGUGGGAUACCGUAAGCAGGUCGGCCACCACAUCGGUGCUCGCUGCGUCGAGGAGGACCCUCUGAUCAUGCUGGCUAUGAACGGAGCUAGGAUUGCCAGCGAUGCCCUGUACAAGAAGGACUUCAACAAGUCCAAGACUAAGUUCCACCUGCCAGUUGACAUGCUAAACCUUGAACUGGCCAAGAAAUGCCAGAUCCAGGUCAAUGAUUUCAACUACAGAACUCAUCUGCACAACUGGACAUGCCUGCCUGACUCCAACGAUGUGGUCCAGGCCAGAAAGGCUUAUGACCUGCAGAGCGAUGCUGUUUACAAGGCUGACAUGGAAUGGGUUAAGGGAUGCGGUUGGGUGCCAAUUGGCUCGGUUGAUGUGGAGAAAGCCAAGAAAGCAGGAGAGAUCCUGAGUGAAAGAAAGUACCGUCAGCCUCCCAGUACCUUCAAAUUCACUGCCAAGACAACUGACAUGCCAUAUGCCCUUGCUCAGGCCAAUGCCAACAUCAUGGACAAGAAAGCUUAUCUUUCUGCCUGGGAGAAGGACAAGGUCAACAUCCACGUUAUGCCUGACACCCCCGAGAUUCUGCUGGCCAAGCAGAACAAAAUCAACACCAGUCUGAAACAAUAUCGUGAAGGCUAUAUGGACACAAUUAACAAAGGCUACUUCCUUCCCAAAGACGCAGUUUCUGUUUUGGCAGCCAAAGCCUCCAGGGACAUCGUUAGUGAUUACAAAUAUAAGGCAGGUUUCCGCAAGCAAUGUGGCCAUCAUAUUGGUGCCCUCAGUGUGAACGACGACCCACUGAUUUUGUUGGCCGCUAAUGCAGCCAGGAUCGGCAGUGACAACAUCUACAAGAAGGACUUCAACAGGACCAAGACCAAGUACAACCUGCCAGUGGACAUGCUGACAAUUGAACUUGCCAAGAAAUGCCAGCAGCAAGUGAAUGACUUCAACUACAGAACUCACCUCCACCAGUGGACCUGCCUGCCAGACUCCAGUGAUGUGGUUCAGGCCAGAAAGGUGUACGACUUACAGAGCGAUGCCGUUUACAAAGCUGAUAUGGAGUGGCUGAGAGGAUGUGGCUGGUCCCCACAUGAAUCUGUAGAUGUCGUCAAAGCUAGAAAUGCCCAGGCUAUUAUCAAUGAGAGGCUCUACCGCCAGCCCCCAAGCACAGUGAAGUUCACCAGUGUGGUCGACCUCCCAGCUAUUGUCUUGUCCAAGCAAAACGCUGACAACAUCAGUGAUAGGAAAUAUAGGGAAGUCUGGGAUAAAGACAAGCUCAGCAUUCACCUGCCUAACAACAUGCCCGCCUUUGAACUGUCCAAGGCCAAUGCUAUCAACAUCAGCAAUAAACUGUACACUAAGACAUGGGAUGACCAGAAGGCCAAGGGCUACCAUAUCAAGGAGGAUGCUAUCGCUGUGCUGAAGGCUAGAGCUUCCAGAGAUAUCGUUAGUGAUUACAAAUACAAGACCGGAUACCGUAGGCAGGUUGGCCACCACAUCGGUGCUCGCUGUGUGCAAGACGACCCUCUAAUCAUGCUGGCUAUGAACUCAGCCAAGAUUGCCAGCGAUGCCCUGUAUAAGAAGGACUUCAACAAGUCCAAGACUAAGUUCAACCUGCCAGUUGACAUGCUGAACCUUGAACUGGCCAAAAAAUGCCAGAUCCAAGUCAACGAUUUCAACUACAGGACUCAUCUGCACCAGUGGACCUGCCUGCCCGACUCCAAUGAUGUGGUCCAAGCCAGAAAGGCUUAUGACCUGCAGAGCGAUGCUGUGUACAAAGCUGAUAUGGAAUGGUUACGUGGAUGUGGAUGGAUGCCCCAUGAGUCUGUGGAAGUUAUGAAAGUGAAGCACGCACAGAAAGUCCUGGCUGAUAGAGGCUACCGCGUCAAGUUAGAUGAACAGAAAUACACCGUGCCAACUGACAGAGUCGACAUGGUCUGUGCUAAGAAUGCUGCUGCGGCCCUCAACGAGGCCAAAUAUCGUGAGGCUUGGCACCAUGACAAGACCAAGUACACAUUGACGGACACUCCAACUCUUGCCACAGCCAGAGAGGUUGCUAAGAACGUUCACCCGAAACUGUACACCAAAGCCUGGGAUAAGGUCAAAGCCACAGGCUACUUCAUGCCAGGAGAUGCUGUCCCGAUCAAGCAGUGUAUCCAAACGGGUAAAGUGCAGAGUCAGCAUAAGUACCUCGAGAGUUACCGCAAGCAGGUCGGCCACCACAUCGGUGCUCGCUGCGUCGAGGAGGACCCUCUAAUCAUGCUGGCUAUGAACGGAGCCAAGAUUGCCAGCGAAGUCCUGUACAAGAAGGACUUCAACAAGGUCAAGACCAAGUUCAACCUCCCAGUGGACAUGCUGCAGUUUGAACUGGCCAAGAAAUGCCAGAGACAAGUCAAUGACGACCUCUACAGAACCCGCCUGCACCAGUGGACUUGUCUGCCCGACCAGAACGAUGUCAUCCAGGCCCGCAAAGUCUAUGAUAUUAAUAGUGAUAAUAUAUAUAAGGCUGAUCUGGAAUGGAUUCGUGGCUGUGGCUGGAUGCCAGCUGAGUCCGUUGAUCACGUCAAGGCCAGGAAUGCUCAGGCGAUCCUGAACGAUAGGGUCUACAAGAAGAACGCCAAAGAAUGCUUCGGAAAAUUCACCCUGAUUGUGGAUCGCCCUGAGCUUAUUUUGGCAAGGAUUAAUGCUGCCAACCUCAGUGACCUGAAGUACAAAGAGACCUUUAAUGCAGAAAAGGGUGUUUAUAUCGGAUCAGAAGAUACUCCUCAGCUGGCCCAUAGCAGGGAGGUGUCCAAGAUUAUCAGCGAGAAACUGUACAAACAACAUUGGGACGAGUCCAAGGCUACAGGCUACCAGCUGAACCACGAAUACAUCCCUCUUCUCUCUGGCAAGAAGGGCAGGGAGAUCGCUAGUGAUGUCAAGUACAAGGAUUCCCAUGAGAAGGCCAAGGGUCACUACAUGGCUGGCACCCUGGUGGACUUCCCUGAGGUUGUGCGCUGUGGAGAGCAGGAGAAGAACAAGGGACUGAGGGUCUACCAGAAGGACUAUAAUCUCACCAAGACCAAGACCCAUCUCCCACCUGACAUCAUCGCCAACAAGGUUGCUAAGAGGUGCCAGGACAUGCUGAGCGACGUUCUCUACCGUACCUACCUUCACCAGUGGACCUGCCACCCUGAACAGGAGGACGCCAUUCGUGCCCGCAAGACCAAUGAGAUUCUCAGUGAUGUGUUCUACAAGGAUGACCUGAACUGGAUGAAGGGUAUGGGCUGCUACGCCUGGGACACACCAGAGAUCCUUCGUGCCAAGAAGUCCUACGAGCUGCAGAGUGAACUUAAAUACAGAGGGGAUGCCAAGAAAGAAUUCAACAACUACUCCAUCGUGACAGACACCCCUGCUUAUGUGACUGCUGUCCUGGGUCACACCUGGGCCAGUGAUCUCAACUACAGGGAGGCUUAUCACAAGGAGAAACAUCUGUAUACCACUGUGCUGGACACCUACGACUACGCCAGAUGCCACAACUUCAAGCACUUCUUCAGCAAUAAAAACUACAGCGCUGCCUGGGACAAAAUCAAAGCCAAGAGCUACCAGAUUCCACAUGACUCGCACGCCAUGAAACACGCCAAAAUGCAAAAAGUCGUUCUCAGCAACGUGAAGUACAAGGAGGAUUAUGAGAAGUUCAAAUCCCUCUACAGUCUGCCCAAGUCUCUCGAGGACGAUCCCGGCACUGCCCGCUGCGUCAAAGCCGGAAAGCUGGUUCUUGAUCGUCUGUACAAGGAGGACUAUGAGAAGACCAAGGCCAAGAACCAUAUCCCACCAGACAUGCUGGAGAUCCUGUCUGCCCGCAACACCCAGUCCACCGUCAGUGGCAUCCACUACCGCAAGUAUCUGCACCAAUGGAUCUGCCUCCCUGACAUGCAGAUGUACACACAAGCACGCAAGGUCAACGAGCAGCUCAGUGACAUCUUCUAUAAGGAUGACCUGAACUGGCUGAAGGGUAUUGGCUGCUACGCCUGGGACACACCCGAGAUCCUCCGUGUGAAGCAUGCUGGCAAUCUCCAGAGUGAGAACAAGUACAGAGCCAAGGGUGUUGAGGCGUUCAAGGAGUAUUCAGUGGUGACUGACACUCCAGUUUACGAGCAAGCCAAGCAGAACUCUCAGAACCUGAGCGACCUGCACUACCGCUAUGAUUACAAUGCCAACAUCAAGGGAACCAACACCGCUCCUGCUGUUACCGUGGAUACAGAAAGAGCACGCAUGGCUAACUACGUCCAGAGUGAUAACUGGUACAAAGAGGCCAACAAGGCCAGCAUGCCCACAGGUUACUCCCUGCCCCACGACACCCCACUCAUCAAGCAGGCUAAGAUGAACAGCGUUGUCACCAGCGAUGUCAAGUACAAGGAAGCCUAUGAGAUGACGAAAGCAAAGUCCUACACUCUCCAUCCUCAGGGUGUCAACUUCGUCAACGCAAGGAAGGCUAACCAGAUCACCAACAAUCGUCUGUAUCGGGAGGAGUACCACAAGCAAAAGGACAAGAUCCACACAACCUACGACACCCCCGAUAUCAAACAAGUCAAGAUGAACCAGGAGCACCUCAGUGACUUGUGCUACAGAGAGAAAUACUACAACAGCAGAGGCCAGCUGAUCAAUCUGCCCAUCACACCCCAGCUGUUGCACUGCUACCAUGUCAACCAGAUCACCAGCGAGCUGAAAUACAAAGAGGAUCUGUCCUGGCUGAGAGGCUAUGGCUGCUUCUUGUACGACACCCCAGAAAUGGUCCACGUCCGCAACAUCACCAAGCAAAGGGUGGAGUAUCCAGUGGAUGCUAAGAAGAAUCUUGCCAACUUCUCCGUGGUCCUGGACACUCCCGAGUAUACACGUGUGACUGAACUUAAGACCCACAUGAGCAAUCUUAUCUACAAAUCCCAGAGCAAAGAGGAAAUGGCCAAGGUCACCAGCACCUUGGACUCUGUGGACAUUAAGAGAGCCAAGUGGGCCCAGACACUAACUAACAAAUUCCAGUACACCGAUCUGGCUGCUAAGGAGAGAGCUCAUUUCACUCAAGAAAUUGAGACUCCAACCAUGGGCCACGCCAGAAAAAUGAAAGUGGUCUGCAGUGAUAACAAAUACAGAGACCAGUAUGAGAAGAUGAAGCACAGAUACACCGCCAUCGCUGAUACACCUCUCCUGAUCCGAGCUAAGAAGUCCUACCUUCAGUCCAGCGAUCUCCGUUACAAAGAGACCUUUGAGCUUUCCAAGGGCCACUACCACACAGUCAAGGAUGCUCUGGACAUCACCUACCACCGCAGAGUCACCGAUGACAUCAGCGAGGUUAAAUACAGGGAGAAGUACAUUAACUCUCUGGGUACAUGGAAGUCCAUCCCUGACCGUCCUGAGUUCUUCUUUAGUAAAAUUGCCAACGACAACGUCAGCAGCGUCAAAUACAAGGAGGACCUGGAUUGGCUGAAGGGCAUCGGCUGCUUUGUGUGGGACACACCUGAGCUGGUGACGGCCGAGAAGAACAAGACGCUGUACAGUGAGAGACUGUACAAAGCCUCCUUUGAGAAGAACAGAGCCAACUUCAAGUAUACCUGCGACACUCCGUUCUUCCAGGCUGCCAAAUACGCCUCUACCCUCAUCAACGAUGCAAGGUAUAAAUCCAAAGCAAAGGAUCUUCUAAAGAGUGGUUGCAAUGAGCUACACCGCCCUGACAUCCUCACAGCCCUUUACUCGUCCACUAUGACCAGUAAGUGGAGGUACAGGGAGCAGUAUGAACGUGCCAAGGACAAGUUCACCUCCGUUCUGGAGACUCCUGAGUAUGAGGCUCACAAACGCAGCAAGAAAAUCGGUGAUAUUAUCUACAAGAUGGAAUACAACAAGACCAAGGCUAAGGGAUACACCCUGCCUUAUGACACUCCCCAUCAGCAGCACAUGAAGAGGGUCAAAGAUAUCACCAGCAAUCUGAAGUACAGAGAAGUGUAUGAGAAGAGCAAAGCCCAGAUCAACAUGGACCCUGAGGCUCAUGAGAUCCGUGCUGCCAAGGAGGCCUACAAGAACAUCAGCAAUCUUGACUACAAGAAGAAGUAUGAAGCCACCAAGAACAAGUGGAUCUGGACAUCAGAGAGGCCUGACUUCCUCAAUGCUGCCAAGAACUCCCUGCAACAGAGUGAUGUUGAGUACAAGUAUGACAAAGAGUCAAUGAAGGGCUGUGUGAUUCCUGUCGUUGACGACAAGUUGACCCUCCUGGCUAUGAAGAACAACGAAAUGGCCAGCAUUGUGAAGUACAAGCAGAAGUAUGAGAAGGAGAAGGGCCACUACGUGCCCGUCAUGGACACUCCUCAAAUCCUGCAUGCCAAGGCUGUGCGCGUUCUGGCAUCAGAGAGCAAAUACAAGGAGGCCAGUAAGAAGGACAUGCAGUCCGGCUCAUUCACCACCCUGUCUGAGACUCGUGACACCGCCCACAGCAAGCAGAUCAACAAGCUUGUCAGCGGGAAAUUGUACAAAGCUAAGUUUGAGAAGGAAAAGGGCAAGUCCAUUUACAACAACAUGAUUGUUCCACCUGAUGUGAAGCACGCCAUGGGAGUGGCCAAGAGCCAGAGCAACAUUGCCUACAAGAAAGACGCCAAAGCCAACCUGCACUACACCUCUGUAGUGGACCGUCCUGACAUAAUGAAGGCAACCCAGGCUGCCAAACUUAUCAGUGAGGUCGGCUACCGUGAGAAGGCCCGUGAGGAGGCGAGCCGUGGAGGCUCUCUGCUCCACCGUCCAGACAUUGCUCUGGCCACUGAAGUGUCAAAGCUGACAAGCCAGGUGGGCGCCAAGCCCUCCCUCCAUGGAGCUGCUUCCUACGAUACCCCCCAGAUGCGCCACAUUAAGAAAAUGAGUGCCGUGACUAGUGAUUUGAAAUACAAGGAGAAAUUUGACAAGGAAAUGAAAGGAAAGAAGCCACAAUAUGACCUGAAGGACAGUAAGAUUUACAAGACUUUGAAGGAUGCCAAUGUGUUGGCUAGUGAGGUGAAGUACAAGGGUGACCUGAAGAAGAUCCACAAGCCUGUGACCGACAUGGCGGAGUCUCUGUCCAUGCAGCACAACCUGAGCACCAGCAAACUGUCCAGCCAAUACUGCUACAAGAAGAAAUUUGAGGAGAGUAAGGGUCACUACCACAUGAUCGCUGACACACCAGAACAGCUCCAUCACAAGGAGGCUUCUGAACUUCAGAGCAACGUGAAAUACAAGGAGAAGUAUGAGAAGGAGAAGGGCAAGGCCAUGCUGGACUUUGAGACACCCACAUAUGUGACUGCGAAGGAGGCCCAGCACAUGCAGAGCCAGAAAGACUAUAAGAAGGACUUUGAGGAGCACAUGAGGGGCAAGAACCUCUCAGGCUUGGAGGUCACCCCUGCCAUGUUACAUGUCAGACACGCCACCAAAAUAGUCAGUGAGAAAGAGUACAGGAGGGAUCUAGAGGAGGGAGUGAAGGGUAAAGGGCUAACUGUACUGGAGGAAACUCCGGAGCUUUUGAGAGCAAGGAAUGCAACUCAUAUCCUGUGUGAGAGAGAGUACAAGAAGGCGCUGGAGCAGGAGAUCAAGGGCAAGGGAAUGUUAGCUUUGGCUACAGACACCCCGGACUUCAUGAGGGCAAGAAACGCUACUGACAUCCUCAGUCAGGCUAAGUACAAGCACACCGCUGAGAUGGACAGAGCCAGCUACACCAGCGUCAUCGACACCCCGGACAUCAUCCAUGCUCAGCAGAUGAGGAACAUCAUCAGCCAGAAAAAGUACAAAGAGGAGGCUGAGAAGACCAUGUCUCACUAUGUGCCUGUCCUGGACACUCCGGAGAUGCAGAGAGUCCGUGAGAACCAGAAGAACUUCAGCACUAAUCUUUACCAGCUUGACCAUAAAAACAUAAAGGGCAAAGUGUCUACUGUAAAGGACACUCCUGAAAUGCUUCGUGUUAAAGAGAAUACAAAGAAUUUCAGCUUGAUUCAGUACAAAGAGGAUUUGGGAGGAGGAACAGCCUUGCCUGUGACCCCAGAGAUGGAGAGAGUUAAAUGCAACCAGCGGAACAUUAGCACGAUUCAGUACAAGGAGUCUGUGGGUCAAGGCACAUCCAUACCAGAUCUCCCUGAGGUGAAGCGGGUCCGAGACACCCAGAAGAAUAUCAGCUUGAUUCAAUACAAAGCAGGAGUGGGCCAAGGCACGGCAGUAGCAGAGACUCCAGAGAUGGACAGAGUUAAACGCAAUCAGCAAAACAUUAGCAUGAAUCAGUACAAGGAGUCUGUGGGUCAAGGCACAUCCAUACCAGAUCUCCCUGAGGUGAAGCGGGUCAAAGACACCCAGAAGAAUAUCAGCUCGAUUCAAUACAAAGCAGGAGUGGGACAAGGCACGGCAGUAUCAGAGACCCCUGAGAUGGAGAGAGUCAAACGCAAUCAGCAAAACAUUAGCAUGAUAAAAUACAAGGACUCUAUGGGUCGAGCCACGGCUAUCUCGGACCUCCCUGAAGUGAGGCGGGUCAAACAAACCCAGAAGCACAUCAGCUCGGUGUUGUAUAAAGACAGUUCCGCCAAGGGAACUCCUGUCGUGUUUACCCCAGAGAUGGAGCGAGUCAAACGGAACCAAGAAAACAUUAGCUCGGUGCUGUACUCUGACAGCUUCCGUAAGCAGGUCCAGGGCAAGGCCGCCUUCGUUCUGGACACACCUGAGAUGAGGCGCGUCAGGGAGACCCAGCGCAUCAUUUCUGGAGUGAGAUACCACGAGGACUUUGAGAAGAGCAAGGGCAGCUUCACUCCAACCACCUCUGACCCGGUGACAGAGCGCGUGAAGAAGAACACCCAGGACUUCAGCGACAUCAACUACCGCGGCAUCCAGAGGCGUGUGGUGGAGAUGGAGAGGAGACGUGCCAUUGAGCAUGACCAGGAGACCAUCACUGAUCUGCGUGUGUGGCGCACAAACCCCGGCUCUGUGUUUGACUACGACCCUGCUGAGGACAACAUCCAGUCCAGGAGUCUGCACAUGAUGUCAGUGCAAGCUCAGCGUCGCAGCAAGGAGCACUCCCGCUCCACUAGCGCUCUGAGCGGCCUGGCUGAUGAGAAGUCUGAGGUGUCACAGGACGCCGACCACCACAUGUCCCUCUACAGCAACGGCUUCAUGGCCUCCUCUGCUGGUUACCAGCAUACUAAGACUGUGGAGCUGCAGCAGAGGUCCUCCUCAGUGGCCACCCAGCAGACCACCGUCUCCUCCGUCCCCUCUCACCCCUCUACCACCGGAAAAACUGUGCGUGCCAUGUACGACUACUCUGCCGCUGACAAUGACGAGGUGUCCUUCAAGGACGGCGACGUCAUCGUCAAUGUGCAGUCCAUCGACGAAGGCUGGAUGUACGGUACUGUGCAGCGCACCGGCAAGACCGGCAUGCUGCCAGCCAACUAUGUUGAAGCAAUCUAAAGACAAAGCCCGCCCAUCGUCCCUCCAGAGUGGGCGCGACACAUCCACAGGGCAAACUGAUCGGUGAUCACUUAGUGCAGUGCCUUUAGUUACUUAGCUCUGUAACUGUAUUUUAUUUUUGUUGUUUCUCUCGUCUGUUAUCAUUCAUAUGCUGCUGCCCCCCUUUUUGCCUGUGGAUGUGACAUCAUGACAUAUAAAUAUUUCUGAUUAUACAUACUAUGACCUCUAUGAAUGACAGACUCUUCUAAGACACUCUCUUGGAAAAGCAACACUCACUAACGAUAUGCCUCUUGUAUAUUUCAAAAAAAGAUUUAAUAUAUAAAAACAUUUUUUGUCCGAGUUGUACAACCCAAACAUUGGGCUCAAAUAGCCAUUAUGACUUUAAAGGAAAUCCUAUAUGGAGAGAAUAAGAAAUGGCUGAAAUAGUGAAACUAAUAAGGAGUAAGAUACUUUCUGUCUCCUUCAUGAUUAAACCACUCCAGAAGAGUUGUGCGAGACGAGCCUCAGUCUUCCCUCCUUUUUACUGAAGGCUCACAUUAGUAGAAUGUGUGUUUCGUUUCUUCAGAUUAUUUAGGUCCUCUACCUUUAAUCAGUAGCUAAUAAAGCACACCAAGCUCCU